AUGGCCAAGAUUCGAGGAUACAUCGCAGCCAGUCUUGACGGGAGGAUCGUCUCGGGCGACGGUUCACUCGAAUGGCUCUACAAACACAAUGACAUGGACCUGGGAGAGCACGACUACGGCAUCUUCUUACAGCGAAUCCGCACGGUGGUCAUGGGCCGUAAUACCUACGACUUCCUCGCCCAAGAGCAAUCGCCGUGGGCUUAUGGAGACAAGCGAGUGUUCGUCGUCACCUCGAAACCACUGUUCAAUCCAAAGGGGCCGCUCCAGGUUCGCAGUGAUGUCGACGCGCUGAUCUCGGAGCUCCGUGCUCUCGACGACGGCGACGUCUGGAUGCUGGGCGGUGGUCAACUGCAGAUGGCAUUCAUGGAGCGCGACGCGCUGGACGAGAUGGAAAUCUACGUGAUGCCGGAGAUUCUCGGUGGUGGACAGCCACUUUUCCCGCUCACGGGUCUUCGGGCGAGCCCCAUACUGAUCAGCGCGACGGCGCUCGACGAGGGCUGCGUGCGGCUCCAUUACCGAAUGCGACGCGGAGACUGA